AUGGGGCGGCUGUUCUCCCUGACCUGGAUGCUGAUGGUGGUGGUGGUGACCUCUUGGUUCACCGGAGCUGCAACCACUAACUCCUCAGAUAUAAGUAAGUGGUGCUCUGAAUGUCACAGCAAUGCCACCUGCAUGGAGGACGGUGCCGUCACGACCUGCUCCUGCCAGGAGGGCUUCACUGGCGACGGCCUGGCGUGCGAGGACCUGGACGAGUGCGCCGUGGCGGGGGCGCACAACUGCUCGGCCAACAGCCACUGCGUGAACACGCCGGGGUCCUACAGGUGCGUCUGCAGCGCCGGCUUCCGCGCGACGCCCGGGCUCGGCUGCGUGGACGUGGACGAGUGCGCGGAGCCAGGGCUCAGCCGCUGCCACGCCCUGGCCACCUGUGUCAACGCGGAGGGCAGCUACUCGUGCGUGUGCCCCGCGGACUACCCGGGGGACGGGUGGCACUGCGAGUGCGCCCCGGGCUCCUGCGGGCCGGGGCUGGACUGCGUGGUCGAGGGCGGCGCGAGCGUGUGCGCGGACCCGUGCUGGGCGCACCGCACCCUGGACGAGUACUGGCGCAGCGCCGACUACGGCGCGGGCUACGCCUGCGACACCAACCUGCGCGGCUGGCACCGCUUCGUGGGCCCGGGCGGCACGCGCCUGGCCGAGAGCUGCGUGCCCGUCCAGCGCUGCAACACGGCGGCGCCGCUGUGGCUCAACGGCUCGCACCCGUCCAGCGCCGAGGGCAUCGUCAGCCGCACGGCCUGCGCGCACUGGAGCGGCCACUGCUGCCGCUGGGACGUGCCCGUGCAGGUGAAGGCCUGCCCCGGCGGCUACUUCGUCUACAACCUGACGCCGGCCCCCGAGUGCCACCUGGCCUACUGCACGGACCCCAGCUCCGUGGAGGGGACGUGUGAGGAGUGCGGCACAGACAAGUACUGCGAAGCGGAUGACGGCAGAUGGCAUUGCCACUGCAGACAGGACAUCAACAUUACCGAUGUCUCCCUCCUGGAGCGCAGGCUGGAGUGUGGGGCCAACGACAUCAAGGUGUCCCUGGGCAUGUGCCAGCUGAAGAGCCUGGGCUUCCAGAAGGUCUUCAUGUACCUGCGUGACAGCCAGUGCUCAGGCUUCAAGGAGAAGGGUGACCGGGACUGGGUAUCUGUGGUGACACCAACCCAGGAUGGCCCCUGUGGGACAGUGAUGACGAGGAAUGAAACCCACGCCACCUACAGCAACACCCUUUACCUGGCAGAUGAGAUCAUCAUCCGUGACCUCAACAUCAAAAUCAACUUUGCGUGCUCCUACCCCUUGGACAUGAAAGUCAGCCUGAAGACGUCUCUGGAGCCGAUGGUCAGCCAGACUCAGGAAAGGGCACUGCGCACCAAUGCAGGUGCAUGGCUGAGCUGGAGGAAGAAGGUUGCUCACUGCACCUCGGCUGGAGCAUCACCCGCCCAGGCAGUGCCCUGGAGCAAUGUGGCCAUGUCCCAGGCCUGCUCCCUGAACAUCGGUGUGGGCGGGACGGGCACGUUCACCGUACGGAUGGCGCUUUUCCAGAACCCUGCCUACACGCAUCCCUACGAAGGCUCCUCGGUGGUGCUGUCCACCGAGGCCUUUCUCUACGUGGGCACCAUGCUGGAUGGGGGCGACCUGUCCCGCUUUGCUCUGUUGAUGACCAACUGCUAUGCCACGCCCAGCAGUAAUGCCACAGACCCCCUGAAGUACUUCAUCAUCCAGGACAGGUGUCCACGCGCUCAGGACUCAACCAUCCAAGUGGCGGAGAACGGCGAAUCCCCUCAGGGCCGAUUUUCCGUCCAGAUGUUCCGGUUUGCAGGAAACUACGACCUGGUCUACCUGCACUGUGAAGUGCAUCUCUGUGACACUGUGCAUGAAAAGUGCAAGCCUACCUGCUCUGGAACCAGAUUCCGAAGUGGGGUCGUCGUAGACCAAUCCCGUGUCCUGAACUUGGGUCCCAUCACACGGAAAAGUGUCCAGGCUACAGUCUCGAGGGCUGCUUCCAGCAGCUUGGGGCUCCUGGAGGUCUGGCUGCCUCUGCUUCUCUCGGCCACCUUGACCCUGACAUUUCAGUGA